GUGAAAAAGAGCUUGAAUAAAUUGGUGCUAAAUGGACACUGUAUACAAUCAAUUAAUUUCUAACAUAAAUUCAGCGAUUAUUUGCUUUUAUUGUUAUAAUUGAUCCAUAAUAUUCUGAUAAAAGUACUGCCAGUUGUGAGCAAGUAUGCCGAUAGCGCUGUCUGCGGAGGAGUGGGCGCGGCUGGCGCGCACGGCGGGCGGCGCGCGGGACGCGGAGGGGGCGCGCCGGCGCGAGCACGUGCGCCGCAUGAACGAGCUGAGCCAGCAGAUGACCAAGUCGUGGCCCAACUCUUUGGAGAACGUGAACAAGCGCAACGAGGAGCUGCGGCUGGCGCGGCUGGCGGCGGCCGAGCGCGCCAACUCGCAGUUCUACGCGCGCUACGUGCGGCGCCGGCAGGCCGAGCAGCGCCGCAUGCUGCACACGGCGCGGGACUCCUUCUUCAAGAACCAGGACGCGCCCAAAAUGCUGCUGGGGGCGGUAAUAGAAACUGUGAUACAAAAAGAGCGUGAGGAGCAAGUUAAGUUCAACAAGGAGCUUAAGAAGAAAGCCGCCGAGAAGAAGAAGGAAGCAGAUGAUGAGAUCCUACGGAAUGCGAAGGAAUGGCACGCUUUGAUGAACCUCAGGAAGAAAAGGAGAUUUGAGGUCAAUAAACAACACCAGAAGGAGAUUUUGGAUCAAGCAUACGAAGUAUCAGAACGUAACCGCAUAGAAUAUGAAAUGGAGCUGAAUCUGCAAAAGAAUGACAACAAAAAGGCUCAGGAGCAGUUGGACACCAUCAAGGAAUUCGAAGAGGAAUUCAGUAAGAAAGAGAAAGAGACCAUCUUAGCGGACAUGAAGCGCGCCAAGUUGGAGGCAGACAUGCGACGCCGCGAGCAAGAAGCGCGAGACAAAAUGGACGACCGCCUUAUCGAAGUGCUGCAGAAGUCCAAAGCUCGGACUGAAAGGAAGAGACGAGAGACUGAGAAGAGGAUUCAAAAGGAGAAACAAGAUGUGCUUGAUAAAAUAAGUCAACGGCUUGAAAGUGGAGACACAGCGCGCAAUGCCAAAGAACAAGAAAUCCUUGAAAAAGCUGUCAAAGAAAAAGAAGAUAUUGAAGAAGCCCGUCGUCAGGCCGACUCGCGCCGCAAGCAGCAGUUCAAGCAGGACCGCAUCGAGACGCGGAAGCAGUUCUUGGAGAAGGAAAAGCAGCGGCUGCACGAGAUCGACGUGAUGCACCAGUGGGAAGUCAUGAACAGAUUCAAGAAUGAUGAGCUGUACGCUGAUUUUCAAGAGAAGCUGCGAGAAGAGAAGAGGCGCAAGACGCGAGAGUACAGAGACGACAUCCUCAAGCAAUGGCGUGAGCGAGACGAGCGUGAGUCGAACGAGCGUGCGGAAUUGCGGUACUUCUACGGCACGCUGGCGGAGAGCAAGCUGCGCGACGCGGACAACAAGCUGCUCACGCACGGCGCCGAGCUGCUGCGUGAGGCGCGCGCGUGUGGUCGACCCGACCGCGCGCUACGGCAGGCGCUCGACGUGAGUGCAUCCACAGCUCGUACAGUUCUACGGCUCGCUGGCGGAGAGCAAGCGGCGCGACGCGGACAACAAGCUGCUCACGCACGGCGCUGAGCUGCUGCGUGAGGCGCGCGCGUGUGGGCGACCCGACCGCGCGCUACGGCAGGCGCUCGACGUGAGUGCAUCCACAGCUCCUACAGUUCUACGGCUCGCUGGCGGAGAGCAAGCUGCGCGACUCAGACAACAAGCUGCUCACGCACGGCGCCGAGCUGCUGCGUGAGGCGCGCGCAUGUGGUCGACCCGACCUUGCGCUACGGCAGGCGCUCGACGUGAGUGCAUCCACAGCUCGUACAGUUCUACGGCUCGCUGGCGGAGAGCAAGC